CACUCACUGGGGCAAUCUGAGGUACUCCAAGAGACUGUGGCGGAGGGACCGGAAGCGCCAGGCAGGGAUCCGGGGUAGAUGCCGAAUCCAAACUCAAACGCACAGGUCUGGAUGAUUGAAGCAGCGGCGGGAACUAGUAGGACCUCCGAGCUCUUUAAACUGUCCUCAGCCUUCCCCGUGGGCUCGGCCGGUUCUCCACAAGCUCCGAGCAGGAGAGAGGCCGACGUUUAAGUCAAAGGCCUUGGGGCUCCGAGUCUCUCCCUCUCCCCGUCCUGUAAAGGCGCGACCCAGUUCAGCUGUCUAUAAAGUGGAGCCAUUAGUCCCUGCCUCAUGGUGGGAAAACUGAGAGGCGGAACGAGGGGGCCGCCGGUCCCAACCCGUCCCAGGAGCAUCUUUCUCCGCAGACCAUUUCCUGGCGAGAUCCUGCGCAGCCGAGGCUGUGUUAGCGCCAAGGACUUCCAGCAGCUGUUAGCAGAGCUUGAGCAGGAGGUGGAGCGGCGGCAGCGGCUGGGGCCAGAGUCAGCGGCUAGGAAAGCCCUCAUCGCGAGUUCCUACCACCCGGCACGGCCUGAGGUCUACGACUCACUGCAGGAUGCAGCUCUGGCCCCCGAGUUUCUGGCUGUGGCUGAGUACAGUGUGUCCCCGGGCGCAGACCUCAAGGGCCUUCUCCAGCGGCUGGAGACAGUAUCGGAGGAGAAGCGCAUCUACCGGGUGCCUGUGUUCACGGCGCCCUUCUGCCAGGCCCUGCUGGAAGAGCUGGAGCACUUCGAGCAGUCGGACAUGCCUAAGGGGAGGCCCAACACCAUGAACAACUACGGGGUGCUGCUGCACGAGCUCGGGCUGGACGAGCCACUGAUGACACCACUGCGGGAGCGCUUCCUGCAGCCAGUGAUGGCCCUGCUGUACCCUGACUGUGGCGGGGGCCAGCUCGACAGCCACCGGGCCUUUGUGGUCAAAUACGCACCGGGCCAGGACCUCGAGCUGGGCUGCCACUAUGAUAAUGCCGAGCUCACCCUCAAUGUGGCCUUGGGCAAGGUCUUCACAGGGGGCGCCCUGUAUUUUGGGGGCCUCUUCCAGGCACCUGCAGCCCUGACGGAGCCCCUGGAGGUGGAGCACGUGGUGGGCCAGGGUGUUCUCCACCGUGGCGGCCAGCUGCAUGGGGCCCGGCCCUUGGGCACUGGUGAGCGUUGGAACCUCGUCGUCUGGCUCCGAGCCUCUGCCGUGCGCAACCGCCUCUGUCCCAUGUGCCGCUGUGAGCCCGACCUGGUGGAUGAUGAGGGCUUCAGUGAUGGCUUCACCCGAGAGGAGCCAACCACGGUGGAUGUAUGUGCGCUCACCUGAGGCUGCUUGGGCCUAGUGUGGGGGUGGCAGGGCAGGUGAGGGCUCCGUCGCCUUGGGCUGGGGGCAGAAAUAAACUCCCCGCAGCCUACCGCAUUUCUUGGCUCGAGGCUGUGCCAGCUUCUGGGUCAUCCUCUGGGUAAACAGGCUGCCUUAGUUUAGGUCUGUCGGAAGCAGAGUCUGGAAUGAGGCUUUGGCAAGGGAGUUAGGGAAGCAGGGGAGGGGAGGGAGCAGCUGGGCAAGGAGGUGGCUUCAGAGGAAGUCCAGCCUCAGCAGGGCCCGCAAAGAGCUCCAGGCAGAGCCCACAGUACCACGGUGUGCCCACACCAUCGGUUGGUGGCUCCCAGAUGAGGAGGCCAGAGAGGGGUAACUUCCCAUACACUUAUCUCCAGGGCAGGGUACCUUCCAGUAGCCAAGGGAAGCUUCCAGAGACAGCACAGAUGUGAACAGCAGCAGGCAUCACGCCCAGUGACUCGGGUGGGCCACCAGUAGCAUCUUCUAGGUGGCAGGGGGUGAAUGGCAGGGCCAGGAACCAGGCUGCCUGGGUUCACAUUCUGUUUCUGCCACUUCCAGCUGUGUGGCUUUGGAUGAGCCUUCGCCUUUUGGUGCCUUGGUUUCCUCAUUUAGCACCUACUUCCUAGAGCUGUUUUGAGAGUCAAAUACGCUGAUGUAUCUAUAUAAAGUGCUUUGCAAG